AUGAUAAGGCGUCCACCAACAGUUAUCUGCUACAUUUGUGGUCGUGAAUAUGGAACAAAAUCUAUUGCCAUCCAUGAACCACAAUGUCUGAAAAAGUGGCAUAAUGAAAACAACUUGUUACCUAAAGAGUUAAGGAGAUCAGAACCUAAAAAACCAGAAGUCAGGACCAUUACAGCCAAAGGCUUCUAUGAUCUCGAUGCCUUAAAUGAAGCUGCUUGGACCAGCGCCCUGAGCCAGCUGGUUCCCUGUAAUAUUUGUGGGCGUACCUUCCUGCCAGACAGACUGAUUGUUCACCAACGAUCCUGUAAACCAAAAGCCGCCAAGUAA